AUGGAAUUCGAAACUUAUCAUCAAUUAUUUCGAUAUCUUACCCAACUUACAUACCCUCCAAAUCUUACUUCAUCACAACAACUCGCAAUUCAAAAACAGGCACAACAUUAUUUCAUACAAAACCAACAACUUUAUAGACGUAAUCGCAAACAAUCCGCUCAAUUAUUACUUAUAGUAAAAUCAAAAGAAGUCGAACGUAUUCUACAUAAUAUCUAUAAUGAAAUAUUUAGGAUGACAUUUA